CACACUAUGGCAUAUAUUAACACUCAGGUAUAAAUUUACAUAGUUUCUACUAUAUUCUUAGGAUGUGGGUUAUUCAACCAUAUGUGUUAUUUAUAUGCUUCUUAUUUAUUGGUGUCUUAACAGCUGAUAAACAUUGCAAAUGUGGUAGGUCAGCCAAGCUAACAUAUGGCCGUAAAGAGAUGACAGGGGGUCCCAAUACAUGUGGAACUAGGGCAAAAUUUAUAUGUAAAGGACAAGGAUUUUACCCAUUCCCAUACUCUGAACAAAUCUGUACAGAGGAAGGAUGGAUACCAAGCAGCUCUACGCCUAUCUGGUGUGAUACAGCAAAAUGCCCUAUGUUAACAUGUGAACAUGGAGCAUGUAAAGGUGGAGCUGUGUGUGAAUGUGAGCCAGGAUGGAUAGGGGACAGGUGUGAUCUAAACAUAGAACAUGAGUGUAGACACAUUGAAUGCUUCAAUGGUGGAACAUGUGACUUGUACAAGGACAUAGGCAUGCCUUAUUGUGUCUGUAAGCCUUUCUAUGGAGACUAUCAAUGCUCAACAUAUAAUUCUGAGGAUCCAUGUUUUGACAUGAUAUGUGGUUUUGGUGAAUGUGUCUACGAUGAGGAGAACAACACAAGAAAAUGCAAGUGUGAGAAAAACUGGCACGGGCCUCAAUGUUUUGAAUAUACAGUACCUCAGAACAUUGACUGGGAAAGCCUUGGCUGGGAUAACAUGAAUGUACGCUAAGUUUUCAGUGUCGCAAAUGUGCAUGACAUCAUAAACAGUAUAAUGUAUAUUACAUUGAAAUAAAUAAAUCAGGGAUAGUUAA